AAGCACUUCCGGGUAGCACGUGGCAGCCGCAGUGGCUCUUGCGCACGUCUCUCCAGCGGCAGCGUCGUUGACACCGCAGGAAUUGGCCUAGGCGUGUGCCAUGGCAUCGCGGUAUGACCGGGCAAUUACGGUCUUCUCCCCAGAUGGACACCUUUUCCAAGUGGAAUAUGCCCAGGAAGCAGUGAAGAAAGGAUCCACGGCGGUUGGAAUCCGAGGUACUGAUAUAGUUGUGCUUGGAGUAGAAAAAAAAUCUGUUGCCAAGCUUCAAGAUGAAAGAACUGUGAGAAAGAUUUGUGCCCUUGAUGACCAUGUUUGCAUGGCUUUUGCAGGACUGACUGCUGAUGCUAGAGUAGUAAUAAACAGAGCCCGUGUGGAGUGCCAGAGUCAUAAGCUUACAGUUGAGGACCCAGUGACUGUAGAAUAUAUAACUCGCUUCAUAGCAACCUUAAAGCAGAAAUAUACACAAAGCAAUGGACGAAGACCUUUUGGCAUUUCUGCCUUAAUUGUAGGUUUUGAUGAUGAUGGUAUCCCAAGAUUGUAUCAGACUGAUCCCUCUGGUACUUACCAUGCUUGGAAGGCAAAUGCAAUAGGCCGAAGUGCUAAAACAGUCCGAGAAUUUCUAGAAAAAAAUUACACAGAAGAUGCUAUAGCAAACGACAAUGAGGCUAUCAAAUUAGCAAUAAGAGCUUUGCUAGAAGUUGUCCAGUCUGGUGGAAAAAACAUUGAACUUGCUAUAAUAAGAAGAAACCAGCCUUUGAAAAUGUUUAGUGCCAAAGAAAUUGAAUUACAAGUAACAGAAAUAGAAAAGGAAAAGGAAGAAGCAGAGAAGAAAAAGUCCAAAAAGACCACCUAAUUUUUAGGAUGAACAUUAGGAACCUAAAAUGUUUAAUUGUACUCCUUGGAAUUACUUAGUGAAGUUUUAAAGAAAGUAAGUUGGUUUGUGGCAUUACAUUUAGUAGUUAUGUGCUGUCUUGAGAAUGCCACAUUUCUGGCUGUCUUCAGUAGGCUACAUAGACAAACAUAUCUUAGUAUGAAGAUCUUUGAAAACAAAUUUUAUUAAUUGUUGAAGGCAGUCACAAUUCCAUGUAAGCCUGAGACUAUACUUAAUAACUUGUCCAGUGUGUUACUUUUCUUCAUCUGUACAAAUUUAAGAAAAAAACCUUAAUUUUAAAAAAUUAAUAAUUUGUUAAAAAGAUUUUUAAUAAAAAUUAAUUUGUUGAUGUUUGGGUAUUGAGUAUCAGGUAAAGAGAUAGCUAUUGCAAAAUAAACUGAAUACUGAGUUGUACUUCUAGAUAAAUGAUAAAAAUACCCUUGUAUUGAAUUAC